AUGAACUCCAUCACCUCGGCGUUCAAGCCCGAUGCUGCGGGCAAUGAUCCUAAGCAGCUAGAGUAUCUGCCUUAUCUAAAGCUAAAUGAUGGCCACGAGAUCCCCAUGCUUGGCUAUGGUUUGGGAACAGCAAACUCCAAGAAGGGAAGCGGUGGUCUCGAUAAGGACAUUGUGAAGGUGGCCGUUCAGGCGAUCAAGGCAGGAUACUUCCAUCUCGACGGAGCUGAGUCCUAUGGUAAUGAGCAAGAAAUUGCCGCUGCUAUUAAAGAAGCCAAGAUCCCUCGCGAGAAGCUCUUUGUGACCACCAAGGCCACAGCGAAGGUUGGCAAGUCGCUGGAGGAGAACUUCAGUGAUUCACUGAAGAAUCUCGGCCUCGACUAUGUCGACCUCUACCUGAUCCAUUCACCCUUCUUCGCAGACGAUAACCCGAAGGAGCUGCAGCAGAAGUGGGCGGAGGCAGAAGCCAUCAAGGAGUCAGGGCGAGCGAAGUCGAUUGGCGUGUCCAAUUUCCUCCAGAGCCAUCUCGAGACAAUCCUGAAGACUGCCAAGAUCCCGCCUGCCAUCAACCAAAUCGAGUUCCACCCCUAUCUUCAGCACGGUGAUCUUCUCGACUUCCACAGGGAGAAGAAGAUCGCCGUCUCUGCUUAUGCUGGACUUACAGCCGUCACAAAGGCUGCCCCUGGACCUCUUGACUCGUACUACUCGGCCUUGGCUAAGAAGUACGGCGUGACGGAAGGGGAGGUUGCCUUGCGCUGGAUUCUCGAUCAGGGCGUUGUUGUAAUUACAACAAGCUCUAGCGAGCAGAGACUUAAGAGUUUCUUGUCGAAAAUCCCGAGCUUCAAGCUCACGCCGAAGGAGGUCCAGGACAUAAUCGACCUCGGAAAACAGAAGAAUUACCGUGGAUUCUGGAACAACAAGUUUGGCGCCGAUGACUGGCGGUAG